UUAUCAAAUUUGAGCAAUAUUUACAUUACAUCCUGUUGAUGUGAAACUCACAACAGUAAUAUACGACUGGUUGAUUUAGUUAAAUCGACAAUGUCGUGCGAAAAGAAGCCGUACAAUUGUCUGACACCAGACGAAAGAUUAAAACAACUAAUAGAUUAUUGCAAUUUAAUGGAUGUAGACUAUCAUGUGGCCCCCAUAAAAUAUUACCGGUCUGGGUUGGAAAUGAUACGAAUGGCCAACGUUUAUUACAAGGAAGGGAGCCUGGAAAAUGCCUACGUACUUUAUUUGAAGUUCAUGACCUUGUUCCUGGAAAAAAUUAGGAAACACCCGGACUUCAAAACGGUCCCGUCUAAACUUAAGACCGACAAUCAGAUCCACCUGAAGGAGGUGCUGCCCAAGGCCGAGAAACUGAAGCAGAAACUCUUGGAGAAGUACACCUUGGAGUAUAACGCCUUUUUGGCUGAAAAAAAAAGGGAGGCGACGAUAAAAGAGCCAAAGCCUAGUCUUCCGGACGUCAGUACGUAUGUUAGUACAACUCGUCAGGAGGAACCGACUGUUGUUGCCCCAUCAAUUGAUCAAGUGUCUUACCCUGAUGAUGAAAGGAGUAGCGUCACACCAACUUCACCAGCCAAGACCAGCAGUGACCAGUUGGUCCCCAGCGUUGACAGAAGUUCCAAGCCAUCUUCACUAGUCUUAGAUAAUUUCGACAAGAAUGUGCUGAGGACUAUUAUCAUUCCAAUGAAAGUCAUGACUUUGUUCCAAGUCAAAGCUGCCAGCAACACGAACAACCAAGUGGAAACUUGUGGGAUUCUUACAGGCAAACUAGAAAACCACCAACUGAAAAUAACCCACUUAAUAAUACCAAAGCAAAAAGGGACUGCAGACUCAUGUAUUACCAUGAACGAAGAGGAGAUUUUCGACAUUCAGGAUCAGUAUAAUUUAAUUACUGUGGGGUGGAUCCACACUCAUCCUACACAGACUGCAUUUUUGUCAAGUGUGGACUUGCAUACUCAUUGUCCGUAUCAACUGUUAAUGCCUGAGGCUAUUGCCAUUGUGUGUUCACCAAAAUACAAUGAAACUGGGUUUUUCACCCUUUCAACCUUUGGUUUGAAGUACAUAUCUGAGUGUACCAAAGUGGGGUUCCAUCCUCAUGUUACUCAGCCCGAAUUGUUUGUGGUGGCGUCACAUAUUAGGAUCGACAACAAUGCUGCACUGGAAGUCAUAGACCUUAGAUAUAAUACAAAGUGUUCUACUUAAGUUUUAAUAGAUGUUUUUGUUAUAGCUUUUUAUAUUCCUAUAAAAAUUCUAUUUAUUGCAAAUUAACUGUGAUUCUUACUAGUAUUUUUUAUUAACGCUUUCACAAAUAAAUAUGUUUGUUUUC